AAAAGAGAAAUCGUUAGUUGAGCAUGAUCGAAGUUGAUUGGUUGCAAUUAGUACCGAUCUACCAGUCACUUCGACGACUGGGAUGUUUCUCAUCUUGUACGUAUGUGUCCAGUUCACGCAUUGCAACUGUAUCCUACUCAUUUGACGUCUCUGCAGCAUCGCGAAUACGUGCAAUGUGUCAAAGAUACAUAACCUGUUAUAUCCGUUCGCGUGUUCGCUCUCCUUUCGCAUGUCAAAGUUCUCGCGAUUGAAAAAACUACUGGCCGCUAAUAAUAUUAUCAAAGUUCUGUGACUUUUUGUAGGUCAUAAGAAAAUUUUCGUUGUGCUAAUACAGUGCAAAAAAAAAAGACAAAAAAAUGGGCACGACAACCGAACAACCGUGCUACACCCUGAUCAACUUUCCGAACGACGUGGAACUGAACGAGCUCCAGCUGAAGCAAGAUCUUGAGAAAGGGAAUACCAACCAGAAAAUUGAAGCUCUCAAGAAGACAAUUCAUAUGAUUUUGAUUGGCGAACGAGUGCCGUCGUUAUUAAUGACGAUUAUUAGGUUUGUUCUGCCUCUGCAGAAUCAUGUAAUCAAGAAGCUGCUAUUGAUAUUCUGGGAGAUAGUGCCAAAAACCUCUGCCGAUGGCAAACUCUUGCAGGAAAUGAUUCUUGUCUGUGAUGCGUACAGAAAAGAUCUGCAGCAUCCAAACGAGUUUGUCAGAGGAACCACUCUUAGAUUCUUGUGCAAACUGAAGGAACCAGAACUCUUGGAGCCUUUAAUGCCAGCAAUAACCGGUUGUCUGGAACAUAGACAUUCUUAUGUCAGACGCAAUGCAGUGCUGGCUAUUUUUACAAUUUACAGAAACUUUGAGUUUCUCAUACCAGAUGCUCCCGAAUUAAUAGCAAAGUAUCUUGAGGGAGAACAAGACAUGUCAUGUAGAAGAAAUGCAUUCCUGAUGCUGCUGCAUGCUGAUCAGAACAGAGCUCUUGCUUAUUUGGCUGCAUGUCUUGAUCAGGUGCCCAGUUUUGGUGAUAUCUUGCAACUGGUCAUUGUUGAAUUGAUAUAUAAGGUUUGCCUUGCAAAUCCGUCAGAAAGAGCACGUUUUAUUAGAUGUAUUUACAGUUUGUUGAAUUCACCUAGUGCUGCGGUACGAUAUGAAGCGGCUGGCACUUUAGUGACUCUCUCCAGUGCACCAACUGCAAUUAAAGCAGCAGCUUCCUGCUAUAUUGAAUUGGUUGUCAAAGAGAGCGACAACAAUGUUAAACUUAUUGUGUUAGAUCGACUAAUUGCGAUGAAAGAUAGUCCUGUAUAUGAAAGAGUACUUCAGGACCUUGUGAUGGAUAUACUUCGAGUUUUAGGAUCACCAGCGUUGGAGGUCAGAACAAAAACCUUGGCUCUUGCUAUGGACUUGGUGACAACUCGUACAAUAGAAGAAAUGGUGCAACUUUUAAAGAAAGAAGUUCUCAGAACAGCCGGCGGAGAACACGAGGAUGCUGGUAGAUAUCGCCAGCUCUUGGUGCGAACUCUUCACGCUUGCUCGAUGAAAUUCGCGGAUGUCGCUGCCACCGUCAUUCCAGUGUUAACAGAUUUUCUAUCGGAAAGCAACGACGCGGCUGCCAUGGAUGUUCUGGUGUUUAUUCGCGAAGUGAUUCAGAGAUUCGAAAAUCUCAGACCGCUGAUAAUUGAGAAACUUUUAGAGGUAUUCUCUCAUAUACGUUCCGGCAAGGUGCACAGAUCCGCGCUUUGGAUUCUCGGAGAAUACGCGACAACAAAAGAGGAUAUAGAAGCUGUGAUGAGCCGCAUACGCGCCGCUCUGGGCGAACUGCCGUUGCUUGAGGCAGAAAAUAAGCGCCAAGCCGGCGAAAAAUCCGAAGACGGUGACUCGCAAACCGCACCCGCACAACUCGUUACAUCUGACGGAACAUAUGCAACUCAGAGUGCUUUCAGCACUGCAUCUACACGGAAAAAAGAAGAGAAACGACCGGUAUUGGUGCAAUAUAUGAUGGAAGGUGACUUUUUCAUCGGAGUAUCUUUGGCUACCACAUUGGCGAAGUUAGCUCUUCGUUAUAAAGUGCUGGAAACCAAUAUUGCAAAGAGCAACAAGUUGCAAGCGGAAGCGAUGCUCGUGAUGACUAGUGUGCUGCAGCUCGGCCGUUCCGGUCUUCCUGCCAAAGCAAUGACGCACGACGACGCGGAAAGGAUAUCUCUGUGCUUCAGAUCCCUCGCCAGUCCAAUCCCUCUUGUGCAAAAGGUCUUUACAGAAGGGUGCCGCGACGCUCUUGAGAGAAUGUUGACCGCGAAAGCGGAAGAGGACUCGCAAAAUCAAAAAGCCAAGGAAAAACCGGGCAAUGUCGUUCAAGUCGACGAUGCGAUACAAUUCUUACAAUUGAGCAGAGGAUCCGAUUUAGCUAACGGUGCCGGUGACGUGUUCGAACAAAGCCUCAGCGCGGCUGUGGCGGGACGACCCGGCGCCAGCGGAGAUGCUUUAGCUCCGAACGCUUUGAGCAAAGUCACUCAGCUCACCGGUUUUUCGGAUCCGGUCUAUGCGGAGGCUUUAGUCCACGUCAAUCAAUACGACAUUGUACUCGACGUUCUGAUAGUUAAUCAAACGGAAGACACUUUGCAGAACUGCACUUUGGAGUUAGCUACUAUGGGUGAUCUGAAGCUAGUGGAGAGACCACAACCUAUUGUGCUUGCACCUAGAGAUUUCGCCACUAUCAAAGCAAACGUGAAAGUCGCAUCUACAGAAAACGGGAUUAUAUUUGGAAAUAUCGUUUAUGACGUAUCGGGAGCAGGUUCUGACAGAAAUGUUGUUGUUCUCAAUGACAUACACAUUGACAUAAUGGAUUAUAUAGUACCAGCAACGUGCACCGAUGUGGAAUUUCGUCAAAUGUGGGCCGAGUUCGAGUGGGAAAAUAAAGUCUCGGUCCAUACAACUUUGUCAGAUUUGAGAGAGUAUCUUGCCCAUUUACUAAAGUCCACGAAUAUGCGUUGUCUCACGCCGGAAAAGGCUCUUUCGGGACAAUGUGGAUUUAUGGCGGCGAACAUGUAUGCUAAAUCGAUAUUUGGCGAAGACGCGUUGGCAAAUUUGUCUAUCGAGAAGCCACUGAACAAACCUGACGCGCCAGUAGUCGGUCAUAUUCGUAUCAGAGCUAAGAGCCAAGGUAUGGCCUUAUCGCUAGGCGAUAAGAUUAGUUCGGCGCAGAAGUGUCCGCAGACUAAAGUCGUACAAGCUUAAAUUGUUGCGAUUUGUUGAAUUCCGCUCCGUACUCGAAUUUUUUUCGAAAUGGAUAUAAUUACAGGACCUUAAUAAAUGUUGAAUUUUGCAUAUCUGUAGCAUUUAUAUAUAUAAAUCAUGUCGUUUAGACACACAAAUUUCUGAUUCUUUACGGAUAUUCUUUGGACAAGAUAUUCUUUGGCUUUUAUCAUGCUAAUAAAAGUACAAUGAUCGACAAUGAAUCAGUUUCACGAUAAAGAAAGAAUGGUGUUUUCCAUACUCUAUUCAUUUUCAACAGCUGUUGAUCAGAAAAAAAUUCUCUUGAAUUGCUUAAUUAUUAAUCAUUGUACCUCGGACUCGAUUGUAUCGUAAUGGUAGUAAACCGUGUAUAACGUAAAAAGCGCAAUGUUAAUUUGUUUUAUGUUUAAUUAAUUUAAUAAAAUUUUUUGCGCCAAUCACACUAUUGUGACGAGUCACAACUACGCAAUUGGUGUUUUGCGCGCGCACACAAAAGGAUAAGAUAGGAUUUAUAAAAGAAAAUAACCAUACACGUCAUAAAUAUAUAA